CUAGUCAACAGUAGCAGCCCUUGUAAGAGCUGCUUAUCUUUAUGAUAAAGGUCAGCAGCGGCUACGAUUGUGGACUCCUUUCAUCGACUAGACUCAGGAAAUGUUCAUCAUAAUAAAUGUUGUCAUUGCAGUCAUACAGUCUCUCUGGAAACUGCUCGAUGACGAAACCUAUUAGUGGACUUUGUAUCCACCAUCAUUUUUCUGUUUAUAUAAACAUGUAUUUAUUUUCCUCCGGCUUUUCAAAUACGAUUUUUUUAUGAUGAGGAAAAAAUUGGAUUCGAUUCCCCUUUAUUUGUCUGAAAUCUUUCAUCGAGAAGUUGAAGUGUUCGUCUAAAGUAAUGGAAAAACCGAAAGUAAAAGGAAAGACGUGGUACUGAGGCGCACCGCUAGAUGGCAGCAGUGUCACAAGUGGAAGUGCACUGAGACUUAGACUUUCUUUAUUGUCAUUGCACAAAACAUAUCACUCUAUUAUGGCAACGACAUUUCGGUCUGAGGCUUCCGGUUUCCAAAAACUAUACGUCCAAAAUAAAAAAAUAUCAGAUAACUACUAACAAAAAAAUAAAUACAUAAAUAAAAUUGAAGAUUGAAAAUAAAGAGUGAAGCAGUCAAGUGACAGCUCAAAAAGAACGAUGAGCUGAGUGAAGAAAAUAAACAAUUUCCCACGAAAAUGUAAGAUUGAGGACUAGUGAUGGGUAAGUUAAGCCUUAUGAAGCACUAGGGCUUACCGGACAAUCGUGCCGAAAAAGGUACGAAGCGUUAAAAGGUCAGUGGCGGUCACAUCUGGUGAACGACUGAAGUCAUCGCAACCUCUCAAGAACAGCCUUUUGCACAUUUGGAUCUUAUACAAUAUGCAAAAGCACUUGAAAAAGUAAUUUAUUGAAAACAACAAGUCAUCUAAAAUCGUCUGUUUGUCGGCUAAACAAAAUUUUGAGAAGAUCGCUAAAAAAAAAUGACAAAAAAACUCUCCAAACCAGAACAAAAAAAAAACUCUCAGUGAGUUUUCUCAGUGAGAGUUUUUCCAUGAGGCUGUUGCUUCAAGUGGUGAAGAUGGCUUCACGAAGGGCAUCAACUGUCUGGGACUGAUGGCCAUUUUCAUGAACUUCCCUUGCCAUCCAUCUCCAAAUGUUCUCUGUAGGAUUUAAGUCAGAGCAACAUGCAGGAUGGUCCAAAAGAGUGAUGUUAUUCUCUCUGGAGAAGUCCUUGGUCAAGCGAACAUUGUGAACUGCAGCGUUGUCCUGUUGAGACACCAGGCUGUUACCCCAGGGUCGAGGGCCCGUGGCAACAGUUGCACAUAACCAGCCGCUGUUUGACGUCCCUCCACCACCUGAAGCUCCAGUGAAUGACCAUGAUGGACCCCCUGAGGAAACAUCUCAGGUGGGAUCUCCUUGUCACGCCAGUAACGUUGGAAGCCAUCUGGUCUUUCUCAUCAGAGAAUAAAACUUAUUUCCACCUUUCAAUGUCCCAUUUUGCGCUCCCUGGCAAAGUCUGAAGGCGGUUUUGUGGCGUUGAAGGAGACAUGGUCUUUGAAUUUGCUUUUGGUUUUUGAAACCCUUUUCCUGCAGAUGCCGUCUGGUGGUUAUUGCGCAGCAGUCGGUACCAGUCAGAGCCCAAAUUUGGGUCGAGGACCGCCCUGUGUUUUGACGGACAGCCGAUCGGAUCCUCCCACUCAACGCCGGUGUCAUUUUUUUGGGUCUACCACUUGACUUCUUUUGUUCCAUAAUGCUCAGGAUCUUUCAAAAAAUGUCUUGCAGUAUCCAACCUCAGCAGCAAUGGUCCAGCCACAUUUAAGAAGAGAAAGCUUCUUCACUUCAGCCAUCAGGAGGACAUGAUGGACAUGACAGUGCCUGACAGAAACUGAGAAUUUUGAGCAGAUUUUGGCUUUUAUAGCCUGUGGUCUUACACUUUUGAUCAGGUGUGAAUAUAGGUCCACUCUUCCACAGUAGCAGCCCUUGCAAGAGUCGCUUAUCUUUAGGGCAAAAGUCAGCAGCGGCUACGAUUGUGGAAUCCUUUCAUCGACUGGUAGCUGUUACAUAAAACAUGACCACACUCUAGGGAUGGGCGAUAUGCAUAAAAAAAUGAUCCUGAUAAAUUUCAGCGAUAACAGUAACUGAAUGCAAUGAGCCAAAGACGUGCACCGACAGACUAUGAGCCAAUGAAAACCCUAGAAACAUUUUGAACCAAUGAAGAGCGAAACAGUGCAGCAAUGAAGUUCAAAGUUUCCAACAUCACCGAUCACGUGACGCUGACAUUUUUAUAAUCCAUAGUUCGAAUCACUCCGCAUCAGGAUGAGCCACACAAGCUCCAAAGCCUCGGGAUCAUUUGCCUGUCACUGUCAAGGACCAAAACCUUGUGUAACUCAUGACAAAAUGGACGAGACAAGUCCACUGCUUGGUUACCGGGCUGACGUGGGUCCAGCGAUUCCUUCUCCCAACCUGAGACCCAGACACCAAGAGCUAAUCCCGACACCAUGUGGGCCGAUCAAGUCCUGGUCAGAGCUUUCGGGUCGGCUCCAGUUUUACUUUUGCUUCACCAUUGCAUCUCUGCUGGUGCUGCUGGGUCUCACCAUUGCAAGCAUCAACAAGCAGCUGGACACUGGUAUCUCAGAGGAGGACAACCUUGCUGUGUCUCUCAUCCAACUGGUUGGAAUUUUGUUCUGCAUCUAUUACAUCGUCCGAGGCAUCCUGCAGGACAACAGGCAGGAGCUGCUCAAGUUUUUGCUGAGUGUGUUGGUGCUGAUGGUUCGGUCAGUGGUCAACUACUGUGAGCUAAAACCUCAGGGAAAGACGGACCUUCUGGCACGAUUUGUGAGCAUCAUGAUUUUUGGCGUCAUCCACCUGGUCUGCAGCACUCUGCUCAUCCGUACGCCAGGCAUGAUGGCGUUCCGAGUCAGUGGAGCGCUGAAGAUUCUUCAGGACCAGUACUUCCUGCUCAACCGGUGCUUCUCGCUGGUGACUUUUGACCUGCAGGCUCAGUUGUCCUUAUGCAUUCUGCUGACCACGUCGGACCCCAGCGACAGGACCAAGAACCACAUCAUCCUGGGAGUGGGAGUGUUCUGGGCCUGUCUGACCGCUGGGGUGGGAGCUGUCGGAGUUCUGAGAGAGUCAAAGCUGCUGGUUGUGGUCUUCAUGGUCCAGAACCUUCCUCAGGCGGCCUUCUUUGUUUACGUCAUGUGCGAGAUUGUGGAUAAAUGGCACAAGGACACAGCUGAUACUCUGUGGGCAGCUGCCGUCACUGAGGCGACCAUCUCACUCGUUGUCAAACUGGUUUUGAUCUGGAGUCUGGUCAGACUGGUCAAGAGUUUUGGUCAAGGCCUCCGAGAGAGAAUGUCAGCGCCGGGAAGAGCUCCAGCAGACGGAUGAUGUCACUGAAUGUUUAACACUGUGUUUCUCUUCCUAGAGGAACAACUUGUCUCCUUGUUCAGUUUUUUUCGGUUUUAUCUUGAUGUUGGUUGAAGUGUGUCCUACCCCAGAUCAAGAAUUAUAUACAAAUCUUUACAAAAUGUGGUAUGAAUGAUUGCUAUUCG